ACCCCCACCAAUGAAAAGUUGAACACGCCAUCUCCCUUUUUCUUUAAAAACCCCUUCGCAAGCUGUUCUGAACCUUCUUUCCCCUCAUUUCUCAUUCGCUCACGUUUCGUCUCUUCAAUCAGCUAAGUAUUCCUUUCUCGAUUCCUUUCUACUUUUUGUAUUUCCAAUCCUUGCUCCUUCGAUUUCCUUCUGGUUUUUGGAUCUGCUUUCGAUUUCGUUUUCGUUUUUCGUUUUCGAUCAGUAGAUCUGGUUCAGAUCUAGGGUUUUUGGGCCAUUUCCUCGUUCUUGGUUGGUAUGUUCCUCUCAGAUUUGCGGAAUCAGAUAUUCUAAAAACCAUAUCAAUGAUUCUAUGAUCCAGUUGCGUCGAAUUCGUAUUAUGCACUCCUUCUCGGUUGUGUUUCUGUACUGGUUCUACGUUUUCUCAGAAACUAAAUCUCUCUGAUCAUCUAGAUUUAACACUAAUUGAUUUCUCUAACUAUUGAAUUCCUGGUCUCAAUAAUCGUUGGACAUUGGAUCAACGAGUUUUUUCCCUGAUUAAAAGAAAAGUAAGGCGAGAUAUGGCUCCUAUUCAACGCGAAGGGAGUUCGGGAUCUGACUCUGACCCUCGUUAUGCAAUGAUCGACGAGAGGAAGAGGAAGAGAAUGGAGUCGAACCGUGAAUCUGCGAGGCGAUCACGGAUGAGGAAGCAGAAGCAGCUUGAGGAUCUGCUCAAUGAAAUAACUGCAUUGCAGAACGAGAACGGCCAGCUUGUGCAGCGCAUCAGCACUGCCUCGCAGCGCUACAAUGAAAUGGAGGCUGCGAAUGAUGUCUUGAGAGCACAAGCUAUGGAGCUUACAGAGAGGCUGCGGUCCCUCAACACUGUGCUGGAGUUAGCUGAAGACGUUAGCGGCACUCCAGUAGAUAUUCCAGAGAUCCCGGUCUCUUUUAUGGAGCCAUGGCAACUCCCAUAUCCGGUGCAGCCAAUCAUGGCCUCUGCUGAGAUGUUCCAGUGUUGAUUGAUCUCUCAUCUUCAAUGUGGAUUGUUGGUGCCUGUCUUGUCUCUGUAAGUCAGUUUACGUUAGGCUUUUGUAACUUUUAUUUUCAUGGUUUCUGUGUAUUGUCUAUCCUUCAAUAAGGUGGAUGUCAGCUGCCAUAUUAUGGGAUUUCUGUUGGUGUGUGCAUGUUUGUAGUCUCAAACUCAAUAAUUUCUUUGAAAUUAUUGGUGCUUUGGAUAAGAUUGAACUAGUAUGUAUGUUGAUUUUGGUUUAUCUUGGCUAGUGAUAUACAACUUGUGUCUUGUUUGCUUUGAUUUGAUGCGUAAAUUGGAUGGACUCUCAGUUUGAAGUAUGAAGAAGACAUGUCACUUUCUCAUCCUUGUUAGCUAUCCAAUACCUGUAUAGAGUCCAUUGAGUGCUUGUUUAGCUUGUGCCAUCACUAAAAAUUUUGAAAUGUU